AUGUAUUCAGGCAUGCCCGUCAAAAAGCGCGACCUAGAAGAGCGACAAGCCCCAGGCACGAUACCAGCAUUCGUGAUCUGCGAUGUUCUAUUGCAGACUACGAAGACCAUAUUCUCUACCACGACCGCAAUGGUGACGAAAACGAUUAAACCACCUGCCAAUACAGUCACAGUCACAUCCUCCCUAACCGGCACAUUCACAACCACCGUCCCCGGAACCAACAACCCCACCUCAACAAUCUUCACCUCCCUCUUCAAAACCUCGAUCUUCACCAUCACCGCCUUCGGCGGCUCAACAACCGUCACCACAGCUUUCCCCGUCACCACAACCUCUAUAAUCCCCUACUACGCCGCCUGCGACGGCGCACUCGCAAACGGAAACUACGUCGACACCGUCAACGAUGUGGGAAUCGGGAACGCGCAAUGGGGCGUAUCAUCUUCCUCGCAACAACUUCAGGACCUUGGGACGCUGUCUGUGAGGGAUUGUUGUGUUGCCGGACAAGCGAAUUCUGCAGGAACGUAUUGGGAAAUUUCAAGUCAGAAAUGUUGGGGUGUUCCGUUAGGGAAUUUGCCUGGUGAUGUUGGUGGAGGUUUCUGUUCGCCGGAUAUUACGAAUGGGGAUUUUAGGUUGCAGGUGGGAGAGAGGACGCCGAGGGUUGUGGUCAGUAAUGGGGGUUGUGGGUUUGUUGAGAUGAGGGAGGGGUGA